AAUUGUGUGGAGAUGACAGGAAGUGGAACAGACCGAAGAUGGGCAUGGGAAUGGAAGCUCCAUUAGGCACUGUGUUGAGCUUCUCUUCUUCAUCACUGGUGCUUCCUCCUCCGCUUCAACAAUCCAGCAACUUUAAUGUCUUUUGUUUCUCUUCUUUACAAACAAAUGUAAGGUCAUCUAUCAGGCUUAGGGAGCCCAGAAAUAACUUGAGAUUGAACAAGAAGAUUUAUUGCAAAGCGCCUGAGAGUGAAGUUCAAGAAAACCCCACAAGAAAAGGCAGCUCCUCCAAGAACAGAAUGGAAGAGUAUAACAUAGCCAUGAAGAGAAUGAUGAGAAACCCUUAUGAGUAUCAUCACGAUCUUGGCAUGAAUUACACAUUGAUUACUGAAGAUCUAAUUGUUGGCUCCCAACCUCAGAAAGUUGAGGACAUAGAUCAUUUGAAAGAACAAGAGAAUGUGGCCUAUAUUCUGAACCUGCAGCAAGACCAAGAUGUCGAGUAUUGGGGAAUAGACCUCCAGUCAAUAGUAAAAAGAUGUGAAGAAAUUGAAAUCCAUCACAUGAGAAGGCCCGCGAGGGAUUUUGAUCCAGAAUCUUUAAGAAUUAUGUUACCCAGAGCUGUUUCCUCACUGGAAUGGGCAAUUGAAGAAGGUAAGGGGAAAGUAUAUGUGCAUUGCACAGCUGGACUGGGGAGGGCACCUGCAACAGCAAUUGCUUACAUGUUCUGGUUUCAGGGCAUGGAUCUAAAUGCUGCCUAUGAUGAACUUACUUCAAAGAGACCCUGUGGACCCAGCAAAAGAGCAAUCCGGGGGGCUACUUAUGAUUUGGCUAAGACUGAGGUCUGGAAGGAGCCAUUUGAUAGUCUUCCAGAUUAUGCCUUUCAGGACGUAGCAGACUGGGAAAGGAAACUGAUUGAGGAUCGUGUCCGCGGUCUUCGAAGCACUUGAGAGUUAAAAAGAGUAAUUGGUAACUUCCAUUUACUUGUACUACAAUUUUUCAUUUUUCCUGGUGUGGCACGGUCCAAAGCUUGUGCCUGGAGCUUAGUAAUCUACCGGAUGUUCUUUUCUACUGGCCGCCAGAUUACUGGACACAUCCGUCACUGUUUCACACUUUCUAGUAAAGCAAAUUUUAUGGAUGUAAAUCUACUGGAUAACCAUUUUUAUGGCGUUGGCCAGUUGUGAACGAACCAUUGGUGUCGUCAAGGCAAGGCACCCUUUUAUAGGGGGACGCGACUUCUUACCAACGAA